GACAAGGCUAAGCAUAAACAGUGCAAGCCAAAUAAAAAAAAAAGCAAAAAGAAUUGUCGGGCAAAGAGUAGUAUUGAGUAGUAUAAAUAAGUGUAAUUAUAUGAUUGUAUGUGAUUGUAUGUAACAUAAAUUCGAACGAGUAUGUUUUUAAAAAUUAAACAACUAAUUCGAUUAAAUGUUACGUCAUCAUAUAGAUGUGCCAUGUUUUAUUCUAAUCAGAAUUCUAAAAUAUCAGCUACAGAUGCCAGGAUCAGCAUAAGCGAAAAUUGUGUCAAACAAUUGAAACAACUGGGAUGUGAAGGCAGUAAUGCCUUCCUAAGAUUGUGCGUAGAAAGUGGAGGCUGUUCCGGGUUUCAGUAUAAGUUUGAUCUCGAUGAUAAAAUUGCAGAUGAUGACAGAAUUUUUGAACAAGAUGGUGUUAAAGUGGUGAUUGAUGAAACUUCUUUGGAGUAUAUCAAAGGAUCUACAGUUGAUUAUCAUACAGAGUUAAUAAGAUCUGCAUUUAGAGUUAUUCAAAAUCCAAAUGCUGAAUUAGGUUGUUCUUGUGGUGCAAGCUUUUCUGUAAAAAUUGAUUAAAAAGUUAUAUUAAGAGUAAAAUGAAUAUUAAAUUAUCUUGAAGAUAUGAUUUAUAAAUAUCUCAAAAUUUUGAAAUCUUAAUGAAAAAAACUUAAAAAAUCCACUUUGUCCACCUUCUCUGAGAUGGGUUUGAACCUU